AUGAGCCCUGAAAACUGGACUCAGAUAACAGAGUUUGUCCUUCUGGGAUUCCCCAGUAGCCACAUCCUGCAGAUCCUGAUGUUCUUGGGGUUAAUGGCAACCUACGUUACAACAGCCACAGGCAACCUGCUAAUUAUCGUGCUCUGCUGGAUGGACCGUCGCCUGCACACCCAGAUGUACUUCUUCCUGAGAAAUCUAUCCUUCCUGGAGCUGUUACUGGUGUCUGUUGUGGUCCCCAGGAUGCUUGUCAUCCUGGUCACAGGAGAUCAGAGCAUCUCAUUUGCCGGCUGCAUCACCCAGUCCUACCUCUACUUCCUCUUGGGCACCACCGACUUCUUCCUGUUAGCUGUCAUGGCUCUGGAUCGUUAUGUGGCCAUCUGCCGACCGCUCCACUAUGAGGUCCUCAUGAGUGGCCCUGUGUGUUCCCGGCUAGUGCUGGCCUCCUGGCUGGCCGGAUUCCUCUGGGUUCUCUGCCCCACCAUCCUCAUGGCCAGCCUGCCUUUCUGUGGCCCCAACGGUAUUGACCACUUCUUUUGUGACAGUUGGCCCUUGCUGAGGCUCUCCUGCGGGGACACCCACCUGCUGGAGCUGGUGGCUUUUGUGCUGUCCACGUCAGUGUUGCUGGGCUCGCUGGCCCUCACCUCGGCAUCCUACAUCUGCAUUCUGGCCACUGUCCUCAGGGCCCCCACGGCAGCCGAGCGCAGGAAGGCCUUCUCCACGUGCACCUCGCAUCUGACCGUGGUGGUCAUCGUCUACGGCAGCUCCAUCUUUCUCUACAUCCGCCUGUCGGAGGCUCAGUCCAUGCUGCUCAGCAAAGGCGUCUCGGUGCUGAGCUGCAUCCUCACCCCGCUCCUGAACCCGUUCAUCUUCACUCUCCGCAACGACAAGGUGAAGCAGGCCCUGAGGGAGGCCGUGUGGCCCAGGCCUGUGGCGGAGAGGAUACGAGGAGGGUCACGCGGCAAAGGAAAUGCUCCUCUUAAGAGGUCAAAUGUUCACUGGAAAUUUUUUAAACACGGUAGAAGUUUAGAGGGCUCAGGCAACGCCCUGCUCUUUAAACAACAGUCUUCACAAAUAUCCAAAUACAGUGUCGCCUUCACUGCCCUGCCAUCUUCCUUGGGCCUCCUGGUUCCGCGGAAGGCUCACCCAACCGGUCAAAUUUCAGGCUUCUGGUAA